ACUCGGACUCGGAUGGCGACCAGAUCAGAUUGGAGCGUGCGGCUUUGGAUUUCAUCCCUUUCUUCGAUCGGUCGUCACAUUUGUAAACCGUCGGACUCUCGCAAUUUGAAUUUAGUUUGGGUGCUUUUCUCUCUUUCUUCUCUUUGUCUGCCUUCUCUCGUUCUUCCUCUGCUCUAAUCUCGGUUUCCAAGUCUUGUUGCUUCCUUUGGUGGACGGGCUAUGCCGCCCUUAACUUCUUCGAGGCCUGUCGUCGAGCUCGACGAGUGCGCGCGGGCGCUCAAUCUUACGCAUGCCCAUGUCGCCAACCUCGAGCUUGCCUUUGCUGAGAAUCCGCGUCCGAAUGCGACGGUUCGCGAUACCAUCAGCGAUCAGCUGCAUAUAGCUCCUCGCGUGGUCCAGUUAUGGUUUACCGAUCGCCGGCGCAGGAUGAAAGAUGAGAAAGAGUACGAGGCCUCCAGAGUGGAGAUGAUUCUGGCGCAAGCCAGUGCCUCUGGGCCCUCAGAGCAGUCAAAGUACCAGCCAGUGAUAUUUCAACAACAGCAGCAGUAUCAACAACAACCACAGCAACCACAAUUUCAGCAUCAACAGCAUCAGCAUCAGCAUCAGCAUCAGCAGCAGCAGCAGCAGCCUGCGGAGUUCCAGUUUGACCAUGACCGGCCAUCAACCCCCUCCCCUUCAACCUCCGCCGAAUCCCCGGGCCAACUGCAAACCUCCUCCAUGGCAUCAGCGUACCCACCCGUGACUCCGAUCAAAACCCCUGACAAGCAUCAUACUCCCAUUCGUCGCCACUCAAAGUCUGUUUCUCAAGUCGGGCCUGUUACGCCUGCUCGGCUGGUCACUGCGGAUAGCGGCCUGUCGCCGCAGUACGUCUCCCCCGCUGACAGCUCAUAUGCAUCGGUCGACCGCUCGAUGGCGGCAGCUUCUGCAGCAGGACUCUACGGUCUCUCGCCAUACCAGCAGCCGCCAAGCUCGGCCGGAUAUUUUUUCCAACCCCAGCAUUCGCCUGUGUACGUAACGUCGCAGCCGGGAACACCCUAUACUGUUUCCAAAAUCGGCAAUUCGCCCGCCUCUCAGUUUUCUUCACAGCAAAUGAUGUCGCCGAUCCCCCUUCAGCGCACAUACUCCACGCCGCUGCUGGUCGAGCUCGACCUGCAAUACCAGCACCAGCAGGUGCAGAGACAAUUCCAACAGCACCAGGCGGCACAGGCCGGCGGCAACAUGUUUUCCCCGCUGGCGUCACAGGUGAGCGGGAGUGAAUCAAAGCUAGCAGCGCGAAGACGCCGACCUCUGCCAUCUGUUCGGCUGCAUCGCUCACAGAGCUACUCCUCAGCCCCGCAGUCGAAUCCGCUGCCGUUGACCUCUGCGCCGCCGUAUGUGGCUAACUUUGCUCCGUCGAUAAUGUCUGGCGCAAGUCCGGCUCGGCAGCAGUUGAUUGCUCCGCCGCCUAUGAUGAUGUCGCUGGACUCACACUCGGGAGACAUGCCGGGCUCGAUGCGCAGAUCGAAAAGCGUCUCGUUCGUGACCUCGCAGCCGCCGUCGCGUUCUCGAAAGUCGAGUAUCGGCGGCCGCGGAAACAAUAGCGGAGGAAGCAUAGGCUCAAGUGUGAGCUCGAUCAGCCAGACCGAUACUAUAGACGGCAUGCUUCCCAUGACGCCGAUCACGCCGAUGACGUCGAUAUCGAACUCGCUGCAGGAGCUGGAGUUUGGGUCGGACGGGGCCGGGAGACGGGAGUAUAAACGGCUGCGUGCGCAGUCGAAAGGGGAUGGUUCUCGAGACGGGGAUUUUGCCGAAGACGACGCAGAGUUCAGGAAGGUGGCUGCUGGGUCGCAAUAUGGUCUUCUUCCUCCGCACGGUGCCAGUUUACAGAGAGAAGAGUCGCCCAAAUACGCGACUGCAAGCAGGCAGACCUCGCAGCCGCAAUCGCAGCCGCAGCAGCGAUUAUUCCUCGACACGUCGUCGGCGGCAGCGACUAUUGGCUCAGAGCCGAUGGUCGGGACGCCAAACAGCAGUCGGUCAGGCUCUGUGGCCAGCACACCGAGCGUGCAGCCGGCCUCGCUUCAUCCUCCGUCUCCGUACAGUGGCAGACAGUCGCCGUACGCGCCUGGUUCAGCUCCAGUUUCAGGGUAUCCGAUCACGCCUGUUUCGCUGAACGCAGUUACCCCUACGUCGGUAGCUGCUUACCCAGGCUUGGAUAACGCGUCGGUUGCAUCUACGAAUACGGCGAUUUCUUCGAGCGUUGAUAAUGCGUACUACACCAUCGAUCAGGAGCAGCACCAGAACCCUACAUUAGACACCGAAAGCAGCAGCAUACACCAAACCGCUGCCGAGCUGUUCCUCUCAGGUGAGCUCUCUCCGUUCGACGCCGACGGCCAGCCAGCAGGAGAAGCAGGGGUGAUGGCGAUGGACGACAUUUCGACAUUGGAGGAGAACCAGAGGUUUUUGAUGCUCAGCAGAAGGCUAGAUGAUUUGGGCAUUUAUGGAUAUGGAGUCCUGCAUGAUUUUCUUUAGACUAUAGUUCUUGUGUGUUUUCAUUAGAUUAGCACUUUUACAAAUACUUGAUUUUUACUUUUUUGGUCUUGGAAAGCUUUGUCUGUGUUUUUGGUAUCGUUCUGGUUAA